AUGGCACGCUUGCACCGGCUUAAGGUUCUUGAUUUAAGUUUCAACAGCUUCAGCGGGGAGGUUCCCUCAUGGUUUGUUUUUUUACACCAACUUCAAUUUCUAAGUCUUAGGAAUAAUAGUUUCACGGGUUCACUCCUCUCUUCAUUUUCUAAUAUUUCAAAGAUUGAAACCUUGGAUUUGGCAAUCAAUUCCUUCGAUGGUCAAAUCCCGAAAGAGAUUGGUAGUGUUGAAUACCUGAGAAAUUUAAACUUGUAUGGAAACAAUCUCAUAGGCUCCAUUCCUCCGUCACUCACGAAUGCCUCAAGGUUAGAGACUUUAGAUUUAUCUCGAAAUUUACUUCAAGGAAAUAUUUCAGAAGGAAUUGGCAAUCUUCACAACCUGAACUUCUUGUCCAUACAAGAUAAUCAUCUUACCGGUUCUAUUCCAUUCACAAUUUUCAAUAUUUCGAAAAUCAAAGUCCUUGCAUUUACAAAGAACAGCCUAUCAGGAGAUCUUCCUAAUGGUUUAUGCAAUGAUCUCACAAUACUCAAAGAGCUUUAUCUGUCUUAUAACAAGCUUCACGGACGUAUGCCUACAAGCUUGUCAAAUUGUUCACAACUUCAAAUGUUGUCUUUAUCAUACAAUGAGUUUGAUGGUCCAAUACAUAGUGAAAUUGGAAAAUUGAGUAACUUGCUGGAAUUGUAUCUCGGAUAUAACCAUUUCACAUGUGAAAUACCCAAAGAGAUAAGAAAUCUCAUUAAAUUCGAGGAACUUCUUCUUGAGAUAAAUAGUUUUAGUGGUUCACUUCCAAUGGAGAUCUUCAACAUAUCAGGCCUGAAAAACUUGGAUGUCAUAGACAUGACUCAAAAUCAAUUUUCAGGUUCUCUUCCUAAUUGUUUAGGAAACAUUACUUCCCUUGGAGAGAUACAUCUGGGUUCCAAUAUAUGGAGUUCCAAUAUACCACCAAGCUUAGGGAACCUUAAAGCUCUAGUGGUUCUUGACUUAUCUUCAAACAACAUGGUAGGUUCUUUACCUCCAGAGAUUGGAAAUCUAAAGGCUGCGACGCUGAUGGAUCUGUCAAUGAAUCGAUUCUCAAAUAGAAUUCCUAGAGAAAUUGGAGGAUUGCAAAAUUUGGUGAACCUUUCUUUGAGAAAUAACAAGUUGCAAGGAUCUAUACCUGACUCAAUUAGCAACAUGGUAGCAUUGGAAUUCCUAGACCUUUCUCAAAAUAACAUAUCAGGAACCAUUCCUAUGUCUUUGGAGAAACUUCAAAACCUGAAGUAUAGAAAAGGUGAAAGAUCUCCUCAACAAGAUGAUUCAUUGUCUACACAGAAACGAGAAAGAAUUUCAUACUAUGAACUGCUCCAAGCAGCAGAUGAUCUUAGUGAGAGUAAUCUGAUUGGUUCCGGAAGUUUUUGCUCUGUUUACAAAGGCAUUCUCAAUAGUGGAAUUUUCGUUGCAGUUAAAGUGUUCAAUCUGCAACAAGAUGAGCCUUCGCCAUAG